GACAUCCGCGACAGUGUAAACUACAAAGAGGUCAUGAAGCAAUUCAACCUGGGUCCCAACGGUGGCAUUUUGACGAGUUUGAACUUGUUCAGUACAAAAAUCGACCAAGUCAUCGCCCUACUGGAGAAGCGAACACGUCCACCGCCGCCUUCGACAGAGCCCGAGCCAAGCACAGUAGAGUUCAUGACAAGCGGCGGAAAGGAUAAGCAAGCAGCUCCGGCGCAGCAGCUUCAAGUCAAGCACAUCCUGGUUGACACACCAGGCCAAAUCGAGGUGUUUGUUUGGUCGGCCAGUGGAGAGAUUCUUCUUUCGAGUUUAGCCAGCACGUUUCCCACAGUCAUUGCGUACAUUAUCGACACUCCGCGCACCACCAGCACAAGCACAUUCAUGUCCAACAUGCUCUACGCCUGCUCCAUUCUGUACAAGACAAAACUGCCCAUGAUCCUCGUCUUCAACAAGACUGAUGCCCAAGACGCCCAGUUUGCAAAAGACUGGAUGACUGACUUUGAGGCCUUUCAAACUGCGCUCCGCAACGAAGAGGAGGGCGGUACCUUUGGCGGCGAAGGCGUAGGCGGUGGCAGUGGAUACAUGGGCAGCCUACUGAACAGCAUGUCACUAGUGCUUGAAGAAUUCUACAAACAUCUCAGCGUGGUAGGCGUGAGUUCCAUGACAGGCGACGGCAUGGAUGAAUUUUUCAAGGGUGUGCAGGAGAAGAAGGCGGAGUUUGAACGCGACUACAAACCCGAGCUUGAGCGAAGGAGGGCGGAGAGGGAGCAAGAGAAGAAGGAGGCGCGUCAGCGGGAACUGGACAAGAUGAUGAAGGACAUGAAGGUUGGUGGCGCAGGGUCCAAACCAAAGCCAAAACCCCGCAAAGAAGAGCCCCAGACUGUUAGCGACGCAGAAGACUCUGGGGAAGACGGCAUGGUGCACGACGAUCUUGAUUACGAAGAUGAGAUGGACUCGGACGAUCCGGAAACUGGCAUCAAGGAACGCUACAGGCAGGCUGUGCAGGAUCAUGGUCUCGACCAGGGCGAAGACCAUAGUUUUGCGCGAUACGUGAACAUGGCCAAGUUCACGUGAGGAAAGAUUUCAAAAUGCAAAACACCCCGCCCCCUUGUACAAGAUUGGUUGGGGCGUUCCCGCAACACGACAAAUCAUCACGCCACCACAUGCCGGUUCACAUCGGAAUAGACGCAGGUGCCCACAUGUUGGGUUACGAAGACAGACAUGUGUUGGGAAAGUGGCGGGGCCUCGCAUGCAGGACGAGCAAAAUGCAUCAAGAGAUGCAGUGUCGGCAUUUCUGUAUGCCAAGGAGACGGAAGAGAGACAAAGACGAAAAGUCUCCCCACUCUGAACCACGACAAGUUUCAAAUGCCUCCAUCCCCGUUCAUAGCUGGCCGCUGUAUUUCCGCACAAGAUGUGGUAGCAACAUGAUACACGGCUGGACGCCACUCCAACUGAUACGUCUUUGCUGUGUCCCGGAUGCCAAGGACAGCAAAUUCGUUCCUGUUUGUAGUUGGACAGGGCACAAGGUGUUGUUUCACCACUGCGGCAAAAUGCAGGGUGUGUUUGUGAUAG